AUGUCCCAGAGGAGGAUAUGCUACUGGCCCGGUCAGACGGACUGGGCUCGGGACUGGCUGUUUCUGGACCUCGGCGACAGCGACAGCGACAGCGACAGCGACGACGAGCUGAACGCGGCACGCAUAGGCGCGACCGCGUCGUGCUACGACCCGUCCUCGGCCCUAGACGCUUGCUGCUGCUCGUACAACCGGCCCUGGCGCCACACCCCUGCGGUCAAGUCUGGCUUCUCCAAAAUCGAGCGCAGCAAGGACGGCUUCAAGGUUACCUUGGACGUCCAACAUUUCAAAGACGGGGAUUUGAAAGUGAAGGUGGUCGGCAACCAGGUGGUGGUAGAGGCGGAGCACGAUGAACGUCAAGAUGAGCACGGCUACAUCUCACGCAGCCUGAGGCGCAAGUACGCAGUGCCGGAAGACGUGGAUAUCGAGAAAGUGGCAUCAGAACUAUCCUCAGACGGUAUACUCACUAUCACUGCUCCGAGAAAGGAGACAGACCGACUUGCGCGAGGGAGUGAGCGCUUGAUCCCCAUCAUAAAAGUUAAUAAACCUGCUCUCAAAAGCAAGAUGAAGGGAGACAAGGAGGCGACGCCUGGCACAUCGCGGAGUGAUGUAGUGUCAGCCAGCGACGCCGGAGAGGCCGACGACGAGGGCGGUAACGACGACGGCAACGGCGGUAACGACGACGGCAACGGCGCCGACUGCAGCUGCGGUAACGACGACGGCAACGGUGGUAUCGACGACGGCAACGGCGGUACCGUCGACGACAACCUCGGUACCGUCGACGAUAACCUCGGUACCGUCGACGACAACCUCGGUACCGUCGACGACAACGGCGGUACCGUCGACGACAACCUCGGUACCGUCGACGAUAACCUCGGUACCGUCGACGACAACCUCGGUACCGUCGACGACAACGGCGGUACCGUCGACGACAACCUCGGUACCGUCGACGACAACCUAGGUACUGUCGGCGACAAUGGCGGUACUGUCGACGACAACCUCGGUACCAUCGACGACAACCUAGGUACCGUCGACGACAAUGGCGGUACUGUCGACGACAACCUCGGUACCGUCGACGACAACCUCGGUACCGUCGACGACAAUGGCGGUACCAUCGCAGACAACGGCGGUACCGUCGCAGACAACGGCGGUGAUGAUGGCGCCUUGGGCUAG